GGCAAGGAAAUUCUCAGGUGCGUGGUCCUUACCAGCCAAUGAACCCAACGCCUCGUCCGGGUGCUCCCCAAGGAGACAAGUCACAUCUGCUGUUUUAUCCUUUUGAUGAGAACGACUACCUCAAAACGGUCAACUCAAUGAAGCAAUUUCACGACCAGCCUUUGCAUUUUCGACUGCCCUUUUUCGGCUUUGCAUUUCACUACAUUUGGGUCCACAAAGACGGCUAUGUUAGCUUCAAUCGCGGUCUCAAGUCGUACCAGUUUCCAAUAAGCUUUCCAGCCGUUCCUGCGGACACCAAACUGGAGGAAGACCCGUCGAUGAUGGCCAUUUUUUUCGCUCACCAGGACAUACCUUCUGAAAUACGCGAGUCAGGCGUUUACUUUAGGAUUGAAAAUGUUGCGACGCUUGAAAAUGAAGAAUACAAAACUCGAAUUCUGGAAGAUUUCGACCAGGCAAUGGCAGGAUCAGGUGGCUUUGUGCCUAAGUUUGUUUUGAUUAUCACAUGGAAAAACAUGACAUUUGCCAAUCGCCGGCCUGACAAGCCCCUGAAAACAAACACCUAUCAGAUGGUGAUUGGCACUGAUGAGAUCAAUACAUUUGUGUUCUACAACUACGAAUGGAUAACCUGGAUCACUCAUUUGGAUAACUUUGAUGGGCUUAAUGGGCCAGCCGCUUACAUUGGCUUCAACGCAGGCAACUCAACACGAACAUACGAGUUUGUGCCCUAUUCCCAGAAUCCUCGCGUUUCCCUGUUGCCUUUAAUUGGCUACGCAAACAACAUCAAAGGUCGCUCCAUUUUCCAAGUACACGAUGUCCUCUUUCAGGGCAGUUGCGUUGAAAAGUCGCUUGAUCCUACUCUGCCAGAUCGAAUGGCAAUGACCACUUCGGUCAAUUACGUUUCGAGCCUAGGCAAAGAGCUGCUCGAAGUGACCGGCCCAUGUUUCUGGCCUGAAUCGAGAAUAACCUGCCGGUUCGAAACGACGCAAGUCAAAGGGCAUUUCAAAACAAAUAAUGUUGCCUACUGUGUGACGCCGCAAGUGCUGUUUGAAGGAUACAUCGAUUUAACCGUUACCGUAGAUGAUAAAACCUUUUUCUAUACGAGAAUGUAUAUCCAGUCGCCUGAAUCAAAGCGGGAAUUUGAUGUUUGGGUGGAAGAAAAGGACUAUCUGGAGAAGAAUCCCGAUUUUAUCGAUCAAAGCGACCACUUUUUAACGAUAAAGUGGAAAAACGAUAAAAUGGGCAAGGAAACAGACAGAGUGACCAUUUCAGUGUGGGGAUACCAGGAGCUGGAUGACACCCUGUACCCGGUGAUGAUUUGGCUGGUUGACCUAGUUGAGGGCAUACCAAACAACGGAGAGCACCGAUUAGAUUUGAAUAGUCUGCCCUGGAUUCAGCUGCACCGCUACGACUACCACUUUGGCUUCAUCGGCGUCAAUAAGACCAAAGAGGAGUUGACGGCAACGUUUUGGAGUAACCCCAUUCCACUGGGCUGGCUGCUUCGAAAGCACUGGCGCCUUGAGUUCGGCAAAAGGUGGCAGUACAACUUUUGCGCCAAGUGGUACGACCGGGAAGACCAGAAUGAGUACUUUGCGACGACGCUCUUUCGCUGUCCAUGCACCUUGGCGCAGGCAGAGUUGGACAAGGGAAAGUUUGCACCUGAUGAGCGGUGUAAUGUGGUGGAUAAGAAGUGUGACUCGCGACACCAUGGAGCACAGCACUGCGUCAGAAGUGCCAGGCCUUCGUAA